AUGUUACCUCCAACCCACAAAGCCCUAAUCCUCACCCAAAUCGGCUCCCCCUUACACGUCGACCCAAUCCAUCCCAUGCCCCAACUUGUUCCCGGCAGCGCAAUCGUCCAAGUCCUCUGCGCCCGCCUACUUUCCUACUCACGCGACAUUUACAACGGUGUCAGGAAGUACACCUUGCCAACACCCUCCAUUCCCGGCGGCGGCGCAAUCGGUCGCGUCGUGGCGGUUGCAAACGACGCUACAAGCCUACAGACGGGCGACCUGGUGCUUUGCGACAUCUACUUACGAGGCAGAGACAACAAGGACGUUGGCGCGUUGGUGGGUAUUCACGAUGGCCACUCGGCGGCUGCGAAGAGAAUGGUUCAUGGCGAGUGGCGCGAUUCUACGUUUGCCGAAUACGUGAAACUUCCGCUUGAGAAUUGUUUCAAACUCGAUGAGCGGAAACUCCUAGGCUCUUCAUCGGUUUCUGAUCCAGGUGUUGCGGGGUUGGGGUAUUCAGCCGAACAGUUACUAUACCUCGCAUCCUUUGCGGUUCCGUACGGCGGUCUUCGAGACGUCGGACUUGAUGUUUGUGAGACUGUACUCAUUGCGCCUGCGACGGGUAUGUUUGGCAGCGCUGCUGUCAGGGUUGCGCUGGCCAUGGGCGCGAACGUUAUCGCCAUGGGCCGGAAUGCCUCUGCACUAGAACAACUCAAAUCGGACCAUCUCAACAGCAGCCUGAGGGCAAGUGGUGGCCGGCUCGAAACAGUCCCCAUAACGAACGACGUCCAAACCGACACGGCCGCAAUCGCCAGCUUCGGUCUCCCAAUUGAUGUCUACUUCGACAUUUCGCCGCCCUCGGCCUCAGAUUCCACGCAUCUGAGUAGCGGAAUUUUAUCGGUCAGACAUGGUGGUCGCGUGUCGCUCAUGGGCGGCAUCAAAGGCGACGUAGCGCUGCCAUUGGGCUACGUAAUGCACGCCAACAUGACCAUCAAGGGCAAAUGGAUGUACGAGCGCGACGACAUCCUGAAACUCAUCAAAUUGGUCGAGAGUGGGAGACUGAGAGUUGAUUACGGGAGCGUGAAGAAGUAUGCCCUGGAGCAGUGGGAGGAGGCAUUCGAGGUUGCGGCGAGCGAAGCUGGGCCGGGGAAAGUGGUUGCGUUGGUUCCUUAA